AUGGCUCAUGAAUUCGAACCAUUGCAGAACGAUCUCAUUCUGAGAACAGCAUGGGGCCAGAAAGUCGAGAGACCCCCAAUGUGGGUUAUGCGACAAGCCGGUCGUUAUCUCCCCGAAUACCACGAAGCCAAAGGAACCAACGACUUUUUCGAAUGCUGCCGCUCGCCAGAAAUCGCCUCCACUUUGACCCUCCAGCCCAUCGACCGGUUCGCCGGCCUCGUUGACGCGGCGAUCAUCUUCUCCGAUAUCCUCGUAGUUCCUCAAGCCCUGGGCAUGACCGUUGAGAUGGUCGACAAGAAGGGCCCGCAUUUCCCGGAGCCGUUGAAGUCCCCUGACGAUGGGCAGUACAGCAGGGUGCUCAACAAGAAAGUCGAUGUAGCUGCUGAGCUGGACUAUGUCUACAAGGCUAUCACUAUGACGAGGCAUAAACUGAAGGGGCGAGUUCCGCUUUUCGGGUUCUGCGGUGCGCCAUGGACGCUGUUGUGUUAUAUGGUGGAGGGUGGUGGUAGCAAGCUGUUUAUCCAGACGAAAACUUGGAUCUUCAAGUACCCCCAGGCUACGAAGGAUCUCUUGCAGAAGAUUGCGGAGAUCUGUGUGGAGUAUCUGGCAUUGCAGGUUCAAGCUGGAGCUCAGCUCAUCCAAGUUUUCGAUUCCUGGGCAGCAGAACUCUCCCCAGAUGCGUUCAAAGAGUUCUCUCAACCAUACCUCGCCUACAUCUCCGCGAAUCUCCCCAAGAGACUGAAGGAGCUGAAGUUAGACCUCGUCCCAAUGGUCGUCUUCGCCAAAGGAGCCUGGUACGCGCUCGACUCACUGUGUGAUCUGGGAUAUCAAGUAGUCGGACUAGACUGGCUGCAAGACCCCGCGGAGGCUGUCAAGAUCAGAGGGAACCGACCCAUUGUGUUCCAAGGUAACGCGGACCCGGGAAUCUUGUACGGAACGCGGGAGAAUAUUACCUCUACGGUUGAGAAGAUCGUGAAGGGGUUUGGCGGAGGAAAGCAGGGAUGGAUUGCGAAUCUUGGUCACGGAAUCACACCAGGAGUCAAGCCGGAUGACUUGAAAUUCUACUUUGAGGAGCUCCACCGCCUGACUAGCAGUUGA